AUGCCGACCGCGCGCGAAGGCGAGGUGUGGAGAUGUUACGGAGCGGCCAUGUUUGGGUCGUCGCCGUUGAGACAAUCCGCCUUCUACACCCUGCCCCUUAUCGUAGUCAUCCUGGCGAUCAUCUUCAGUCCUUCGUCCCCUCUGGCGCGCAGUGUGCCUUUCGUCAACAACCUGACGCUCAAGAAUUUCUCUUCUUCUCUCACCAAAGCUUUUCAUACCUUAUCCAAAAUGCCUAAAGCACCCACGUACUUCUUCAGCCAUGGUGGGCCAGACGUCCAGUACAACACAACCCACCCCGUCUACCCCGUGCUCCAAUCCAUCGGCAAAGAAAUCACCCAAAAGAUCAAGCCCAAAGCCGUCGUAGUUUUCUCCGCCCACUGGCAAGCCGAGCCCAACGAAAUCCACCUCAACAAUGCCGAGAAAACAGAUCUCAUUUAUGAUUUCUACGGGUUCCCCCCAGAAUACUACAAAGCCACCUACCCGAACACCGGCUCGCCGGAACUUGCCUCCCGCAUCCUCGAUCUCCUAAGCAAAGCGGGUAUCAAGGCCCGCGGCAUGAAGCGCGGCCUAGACCACGGCGUCUUCUCUGGUUUCAACGUGGCCUUCAACCCGGAGACGAACCCACUGAACUGCCCGCUGGUGCAAGUGUCGUUGUUCAACAACGAGGACCCGAAUGCGCACUACAAGCUGGGCCAGGCGGUCUCGUCGCUGAGGGACGAAAACAUCGUAAUUAUCGGCACCGGCAUGACGGUGCACAAUUUGCGCGAUAUGCGGUUUACCUGGGGCGAUCCACGCCCGCUACCUUACUCGGUGUCUUUCGACAAUGCACUCAAGGAAGCCGUAGAGUCGGAUCCUUCCGUGCGCCAGGAGAAGAUGGCUGCUGUGACCAAGCGCCCUGAUGCUAGGCAGGCUCAUCCCUGGAUGGACCAUCUGAUGCCUGUUUAUGUUGCUGCGGGUGCGGCUUCUGAAGAGAAGGGUAAGCAACUUUGGACAUUCCAGGAGGGCAGCUUUGCGUGGGCACAAUAUCGGUUUGGUGAGCUUCCUGCAUGA